AUUCCUGCCCGGGGAGGAGAUGGGUACACGGUGCCGGGGGGAGGGGCGGGAGCCGCAUCAUCUAACAGGUUGGUCUGGCUGGGAGGGGAGGCGUCCCGCCCUCGUGGAGCUAAUGAGCACUGUGCGACAGGUGUCUGCUCCUCAGUCCCCAGCCUGCCCUGCCUGCGACGGGAGCAAGCCGCCGCCACCCCGCAAAGGCUCGCUCGCCGGUCCCUGUGCCCUGCACGCUCUGGGGCCCGGGGGCGGCGAUGGCCUGCCGCUCCUGCGUCGUUGGCUUCAGCAGCCUGAGCAGCUGUGAGGUGACCUCGGCGGGCAGCCCCCGGCCUGCGACCGCCGGAUGGAGCAGCUGCGGGGCCCCCGGGCCGGGCUUCAGCUCCCACAGCCUCACAGGCUGCUGGACAGCUGGCACCGUCCCCAAGGUGACCGUGAACCCCAGCCUGCUGGUACCCCUGGAUCUCAAGGUGGACCCAGCCAUCCAGCAGCAGAAGAACAACGAGAAGGAGGAAAUGAAGGUCCUCAACGAUAAAUUCGCCUCCCUGAUUGGCAAGGUGCAAGCCCUGGAGCAGCGCAACCAGCUGCUGGAGACCCGCUGGCACUUCCUGCAGAGCCAGGACUCGACCACUUUUGACCUUGGGCACCUCUACGAGGAGUACCAAGGCCGGCUGCAGGAGGAGCUGCGCAAAGUGAGCAAGGAGCGGGGCCAGCUCGAGGCCAACCUGCUGCAGGUGCUGGAGAAGGUGGAGGAGUUCCGGAUCAGGUAUGAGGACGAGAUCUCCAAGCGCACGGACAUGGAGUUCACCUUCGUCCAGCUGAAGAAGGACCUGGAUGCAGAAUGUCUUCGACGGACGGAACUGGAGACCAAGUUAAAAGGCCUGCGGAGUUUUGUGGAGCUGAUGAAAAGCAUCUAUGAGCAGGAGCUGAAGGACCUGGCAGCCCAGUUGAAGGAUGUGUCGGUGACCGUGGGUAUGGACAGCCGCUGCCACAUCGAUCUGAGCGGCAUCGUGGAGGAAGUGAAGGCCCAAUAUGAUGCCAUCGCGGCUCGCAGCCUGGAGGAGGCCGAGGCGUACUCCCGGAGCCAGCUGGAGGAACGGGCCGCCUGCUCGGCCGAGUUUGGGAACAGCCUCCAGAGCAGCCGCAGUGAGAUCGCUGACCUCAACGUGCGCAUCCAGAAGCUCCGAUCGCAGAUCCUCUCCAUCAAGAGCCACUGCCUGAAACUGGAGGAGAAUAUCAAGGUGGCCGAGGAACAGGGUGAGCUGGCCUUUCAGGACGCCAAGGCCAAGUUAGCCCAGCUGGAGGAGGCCCUGCAGCAGGCCAAGAAGGACAUGGCGCAGCAGCUACGCGAAUACCAGGAGCUCAUGAACACCAAGCUGGCCCUGGACAUCGAGAUCGCCACCUACCGCAAGCUGAUGGAAGGCGAGGAGAGCCGGAUGGACAUGCCCUCAACCACCGUGGUCAGCGCAGUACAGGCCAGAUACAGAACAGCUGUCUCCAAGUCCGGCCUCUCAAGAGCUCCCUCUCGGAAAAAGAAGAACAGGAAAGGCCCUGUGAUCAAAAUCACCGAAAUGUCAGAAAAGUUCCUCUCACAGGAGUCAGAGGUCUCAGAGUAAGGCCGCUGGACUCUGAGCUCCUUACUCAGGAGCCCCAGGUCACUCCCCUGCAGCAGCAAGGACAUAAACUAGAUUCAAGAAAGCAGCUUGGAGCCUCUAGGUUGGGAAGGGAGGCAAACCUGAUCCUGAAUGGAGAAGAGGGUUGAAAACAGUGACUGCUUUUUUGCGGGAAUGGGACAGGACUGUCACCAGCUACUCAAAGUCACUCGGCUCCAUAUCAAUAUCUCACAAUCCACCCUUCCAAUAUCUGGCCAGAGGUCUUCCUGCCGGGGUAAAUUGGAACUGGGGUUUUGCCUCCACCUCCUUGCUCCUCGCACAACAGGGGGCUCUAACCAAGCUGCCUUUGACCCUUUGCCCAACCCUUGCCCUAAAUUCACAUCCCAAGUCUUGCCUUGCCUCUGACUAGGAACCAAAGUGAGUGCUGUCACUCCCCUAGCCCCAGCUAACCUCAAACCAGGGGCUGACGGGGACUACGUGGGCACCCUCCAGUAUCCAGAGUUCCUGGGGAGGCACCUGGCUUUCCUGCACCAGCUGGGCUUCCUGGAGACCUGACAGUAUUAGGGAGUGAGGGGAGGAGGCUCCCUGGGUGUUUGGGACCUGACACCAGAACUCUGAGAUCAGCCCAGACACCCAUGCCCCUCCCCUCCUCCUGUGAGUCCCUCCCAGCAGGUCACGGUCAGAACUGGACAGCUGUCCAGCCAGCUCCCAAGCACCUCUUCUAGAAGCUUUUCUUGCCAUGACAAACUCCCUGAUGGGGGAAGUGGGAAGUAGGGGAGACAGGGCAGGAGAACUGGACUCUCCUUUCUCCUUUCUGUCAUCCUGGGAUUCACCACCCUGCCUGGGAUCUGAGCUCUCUGCCUCCCACCCAGAUGCUUCCCAGACUGAAACCUGGUUUGGGUAUGCACCAGGCCCUGGAGACUCCUCUCGCCACCCCUGCCAUGAAACCCCAGGCCCAUUUCCCAUGAAUCCCACUCCUGAGGGUCUCCGUUCCCUCCAUCAGGCCAAGCAGCCUGGCCCUCCCCUCCUCUGCACCCACACUUAUGGAUCAGAGGUCCUUCCCUUCUUCCUCCUCCACGUCUGCCCCUCUGCUGCCAGCAGGGUCAUGAAGAAGGCAUUGUCCACUCAGGUCUGGGAACUUCUGAGCCCUUGAGGUCAGGUUUGGGGGCCCCAGUGACUAACUAAAGAGAAAUUCUGCAGCAGUGAUCCAACAAGAAGGUUUGGGGCUUACAGGAACACUCUUCUUUCAUCCUCUUGGCUCUCACCUUCAAGGCCUUACAGGGAAUCUGGCAGCUCCACUUUCCCACUCUGUAAGCCACCUUCUCUUCCUCCCUUUCCUCUCCGUACCUCCCCCUUGCCUACCUCCCCCUUGCCUCACUUCCUCUGCAGGACCCAGUCUUUGAUUCAUUCAUCUCAUUUUCCAGGACAGGGUGGCCCAAGGCCCCGGCCUCCUCCAGGCCUGUUGGGGGCGCUGAAGAGCUACUGACGCUCAGGCUUGAGAGAACUCAGACAUAUACUUAUCCCUCAAGUUUCAAAAGGGUGCUGAUUGCUGCUUUUUCUCCACCUAUUUAUUGGUUUCCAUGGGAGCAAAUCCUCAAUGGGGAUAUACGAUAUUAAAAGUAUAUAUAUUAUUUUUUCAUAACUUAUAUAGCUUUUAACUUAUUGCUUCCCUUCCUGUUUCUGCAUAAUCAAUGCUAUAUAUUAUACUAUUUGGAGAGACAGCACAUGUUCCAGCCAACCCACCCAGCUGGCUGACUUCUUGGGGUAAUGCCCCCUUCUCCCUGCAAAGGGAUGAAAUAAAGUGCUGAGAUUGUUCAUGGAUAGAGCUGUGUGUCUGUCUGCUUUUAUAUCCCCUCUCAGGAUUGGUCAGUCACUGGUCAAACAGGUUAACCAUAGGACUUUGGAAAUCCUCCAGUUACGGGAAAGCGAGUCCAAGGACUUAGUUAUACCUUCAGACCAGUGCAACUUGGCCAUGGAAAAUUUCUCCUGCCCUGCCAUCCUACAAGGAGGCUAUACCAGUGUUGACCUAUGUUCCAGUACCUCCCAGUAUGCCCAGGAACCAUGUGACCACCUCAGCAAGCACAGACAUGGGGCAUUCCCCAUGUGGUGGCGGAUUCCCUCUGAAGCCCUUCUGCCCGAUUGUGCCGGUUGGCACAGCCCAGAAUAUAUUCUGAUAGGUACAGGCCUAAUCCUGCAAAAUCAAAUUCUAGAUCAGCAACAAGAAUCGAGGGCCUUCUCCAAGCCCAGCCCUGCAAUAAAACACCUACGAGUGCUCCCCACCCUUCCACCUGGAGAAACUCACUAUCAGGUCAAGAGAGGCGCUCUCUGCUCAAGGUAGCAGUCUGGAUUUUCUCUCCAAGUGCAGAAGGCAGAGAGGAGAGGGGCUUGCUCAGGGAACUCAGGAAUCAGAACAGGAAGAAGAGGUGUCUCAAGGGCAGGAAUUUUGAGGGUGAAGUAGGGCCUUUGAAGCAUUUGUGUCCUGGCUCACCCACUCACUGGAAUGAGAUAAGUGGAACCUCAGUUUUCCCAUCUGUAAAAUGGAACACACAGCUUCCCUAUUUACCUAAAAGGAUGUUUGGGGAUCUGACAAGGCACCUGGGCUCAUUCCUACCAGGAGUAGCACAUCUUGCUACAGGACUCUGAACUGUAACAGCUCAACAAGAAUAAAGGAUUAUUAGUGAUGUCGUUAUUGUUAUUACAGCAGAUAUUAUGGACUAAAGACAACAGACUAGUUGGGAAACUAAAAUCAGGCCUGGAGCUGGCUCUUUCAGGGCACAGCAUAAUCAUGCCCCAGGGCUGAAAGACUAGACAUUUCCAUUCAGGGUUUAUCCAUUCUCCUGGGCUCUGCUCUCAAAACUCAGAAGAAAUGAUGAACAAACCCCAUUCCUAUGCAGGAAAGUCCUGGAACUGAGCCCAGCUCUCUACUUAGAUUAUCUUUGUUUUCUAUUCUAUUAACUCCUGAAUUAUGAAUU